CGUGUGCGCGCGCGUUUGCAAUGUGGCGGCGGCGCGUGAGCCUUGUCUUCUCCCGCCUCUGCGUGCGCUGUUUGGCCAAAGCGGUGGAGAGGAGAAGAGAUGAACCGGCCGCCAUCUUCCGCGCGCUUCUCCCUCUAACGAUGAUUCAAGAUUAUUCGAGAAUCGGUGAUCUGCAGCGCAUCGAGUCUGUUCCUAAGGACGUGUGUUAGAGGAUCGUGUCCCCGGGGCGCAGUAAAAGCGCUCGGCGCUGUAUGGAAACGUGCAUUUUUCUGUUUGCGUUGAGCGCCGAACGGACGGCAGGUUGCAGCUUCGCCCAUUUCGUGAUCACGGAACCAGACCGAAAGGGCGCGUGAAUGAGCGCGUGCUCUCCGGACAAGGGGUUUGUGCGCGCGCUGGAAUGAUCCAGAAACCCGGCUACAUUUGUGUGGUGUUUGUUUUGUGCUGUUUUCGGUACAGUGCGCGUUUUAUACACAAACCAGUGCUGAAAUUCCCUCGCGCUCGUCACGUGCCUCUGUAGGUGGGCUGGCGUUCACGAGAGCAGAAGCAGGCUGCUGUGCCCUUACCGCGGCCCUGCAUGGCUGCGAUGGCGCCCGCUCUGACCGACGCCCCGGCCGAAGCCCGCCACAUUCGUCUCAAACUGGCUGCAGAGAGCAACGGCAACUCCACCAACCUUCUCCUGUCGUCCUCGAUCUCUCCAUCUGAUACAGCGAGUACCAACGGGAAACGUCACCACGAGGACAACCGCCGUCACUGUUGCAACGGCAAGGAGUCGCUGUCUGAGCCUCUGAGCCUGGGCAAGUUCCAGCCGCUGGUGGCCUCCUAUUUGUGUUCGCAUGUUGGUCCUGUAGCCGAAGAGGGCGUCCUGAUCAAGCCGUCGGUGCUGAAGAGCCGAGGCCUGCUGAACGGAGAUCUCCUGCUACGUACUGCGUUGAGCGGCGGCCAGCCAAAGAGCCUUGUUAACGGAGGCGGAGCAGGAACUGGAGCUGGGGGAGGAAGCGCGAUGGUCCCGGUCAACGGACUGGCCAAGAAAGCUGCCGUGCCCAGCACCGCGCUGCCUGAGAAAGGUAGCGUGGCCCCUUUGAACGGAGACAACGCUAAGCCUCCCACAGGUGCUGGAGCUUUGUUACCGCUCUCAUCCAAGUCCGGCGAUGUGACACCAAUGGUGUUUGUUUCGAGGGCAGAUUCCAAGCAUGUGAGAGAGCUGGACGAUUCGCAUAGCAGAGCGCCGGAAGAUACAGGUGUCAACGGUUCUCCAGAGAAUCCACUGUUCAAAUCCGAAGCUCCCCCUAGUGACCGGUCAAAUGCCGGCAGGGCAGGAGCACUUCCUGCGACAAGUAGUGCCAAUGGUGUCCCAGCUGAUGCCCCUCAGAGCUCAACCUUGUGCCAACGUAGCUCUUCAUCUUCCUCUUCCCCUUCUUCUGGCGUAGAGGCACUAAUCCUCCGUGAGCGAGCGCAACAGAGCCAGCGCAGGCAGGCUGAUGUCUCGGCACGGCUGCAGCGCCUGUGCAAGAGGCUUCAGGUGGUUCAGGCCAAGCAGGUUGAACGUCAUGUCAAACAGCAGCUCACUGGAUUUUUGCACCAUACCGUGUCCCAAUCCUCCACCUCCAGAAGGGACUCCAUUACCCGAGUCCUUAAAGACAGCUCUUUACCCUCGGAGUUGGCAAAACUCCAUCAGAGCGGCACCACCAACCUGCGGGUCGCCGAGGCGCAGUUUGACUCUGACGCCACCGAGAGCAGCUCGGGUGGUGAGACCGAUGUGGAAGAAGAGGAACUUGCAAGAGUGGACACUGAGCAGCGACACGUCAAACUGUGGAGGAGAGCAGAAGGUCGAUUCGCCCUGGAAAGAGCCUCCAUCAUAAGCCGCUGGACGUGGCUGCAGGCGCACAUCUCCGACCUGGAGUACCGCAUCCGCCAGCACACAGAUAUCUCCCGGCAGAUUCGCACCAGCAAGGGAUCAGUGGAGCUGGGAGACGUCGCCUCGUCGUACCAAACCAAGACGGAAAAGGUGAAGGCCCAGUGUGCCACAGGGGACCUGAGCCAAGCCAACAGGUCCAUGAACGAAUUAUUCCACAGUGCCACUGAAACAUCAGAUGUUAAGCUUUCUCCGUCUCCCGAGAGCAGCUGUUCAGCUGCACGAGUUCGACCCUUAAUCAGCUGUAAGAGACGACGCCUCGUCCAACCUGGCAUGCUGCAGAACCUCAACAGCAAGGUACAGAGAGUGUGUUUCUCAAGGAGUGUGUGUGAUGUGAACAGUGUGUGUAUGAUGUGUGGGGGCAGUCAGCUCCACCCUAAAGCAGACCUACAGUUUGAUCGCCCUCUGCUGGACACUGUGGCCCUGCAGGACCCCAGCGUUCAUCCAACACUGUCCCUGCAGUCAGACAUGGCUCUCGGUAUACAUCUCCAAAGAGCGCUGAAGUUGCACUGGCAGACACGGCACAUGGAGAAAGUCAAGCCUCUGAAGAAGCUGUCCGUCAAACACAAGCUUUCGCACUACUCCUCCUCCUCCUCAGCUGCACUAUCCAAGCACAAGUUUAGGCUUUCCAGCUCGCCCUCGGCCAUCAGGUUUUCCAGCUAUAAGAGUCGAUCGGAGAGGGCACGGAAGCAGGGUGAGGCCAGCAUCCGCCUGGCCAAGGUCGAUACACACACACCCUGCAGGCCGAGUCGGCUUCUGGACAGGAGCCCCAGCAGGAAGAGGGCGAGGGAGAACUCGCUGGACCGAACAGAGUCCCCGAAGUUUCAGUAUGAUUCAGGAAGUUUAUAUCCGUCACCUCAGCCAGUCGUCCAGUCGUCCACCCCGAGCGGCAGCUCCACACCUCUGGGCCCCAGCAGUCAGACCGGCUCCUGCUCUAUGCCAAUUAGAAAGCGGCGAAGUGAAAACUCCUUUGACAUUAACAACAUAGUUAUCCCCAUGUCCGUGGCAGCAACCACCAGAGUGGAGAAGCUUCAGUACAAGGAGAUCAUCACGCCGAGCUGGAGGGAGGUGGACGUCCUUCCCCGGCCUCUUGACGACGAAGAUGAGGAUGUUGAGGUGGAGGACUUGUCUGACACCGCGUUCAUGCGGCUCCAUCAGAAGUACGAGGACCAGGAGCGCGGCCGCUGGAGAUGGACUGCCCUCACUCCAGCCAAGAGAAGAGGCAGCAGGUCCUACAAGUCUUUGGACGGCAGGACAACUCCGUCUCUGAGUGGAAUGAACCCGUCUACUCCACAGCUGUCGUCUCCGGACACGGGGAAUUUCCACCUGCUGCAGGAUUAUGGGCCUGUUCCAUCGCCCCUCAGCCCCCCCAGUCCUGACACGCCCUGCUCUCGUGAUGCACACACCCCCUCAUCGAGGGACUCGUACACACCUCACAUGAGAGACGCGCACCGGCUGGUGUACAGCGAGGACACGCGUUGUUCUACACCAGACUGUACCUUCGAGGAGAGAACGGUGCAGCCUUGGGAGCACAGGAGCUUCCCCCUCUCAGAGGAACCGGCGCCGGAGCCCAAUUUGGACCCACAACCCCAUCAGAGAUUCAGCCACGGGGCCGAAUCGGAGAGCGAAACUUAUUCAGCCUAAUAUCAUCAUCAUCAUCAUCAUCAUCAAAACAAACCAGACAGCACGGAACCCCUUCUGGCAUUAACCGAAAACAAAUAAUGGACUCGUAAUAAACCGAACCAAUAAAUAUAUUAAAGAACUUCUGUUGUUUGAUAUUCAAACAUCAGCCAAA